AGCGCACAGCUCUCUCUCUCUCUCUCUUCAUCUCUUAUUUUGACUCUCUUGAGAAACGUGUGAAAGUGUUUCGCUUCGAAGUGUUGGCGAGUUUUAGUCAAAGAACUUUUUGAGUGCCGUCGCGUGUUUUCAAAACAAAAAGUAAAAAGCGCGCGUAAAGGCAAAACCAAGCAGUAACCAACUAACGGGUAGCAGCGCUAACGCUAACGAUAAUUUUGAUCGAUAUGCGUUUAUCGCUAUUUGGCAACUCACCUAAGCUGCCGCUGCCGCCGCGCUGCUUGCCGCGCAGCAAGCGUCAUAUGGCGGUUCUCAAGCAGCAGCAGCAGCAGCAGCAGCAACAAACUGCACAGCAGCAACCACAACAAGGCGGCUCAUCUGUUCAGCUAAUGCCCGUGAUCGUUGCUUUGAUGCUGCUAACAUUGCUAACACGCCCACUCAGCGUCUACUCGAAUCGACUCUCCGAUACGAAGCUGCAUGAGAUCUACUUGGAUGACAAGGAGAUCAAGCUCAGCUGGAUGGUCGAUUGGUAUAAGCAGGAGGUUCUAUUCCAUUUGCAGAAUGCGUUCAAUGAGCAGCAUCGCUGGUUCUAUUUGGGCUUCUCCAAGCGCGGCAGCUUGGCCGAUGCGGACAUUUGUUUCUUUGAGAAUCAGAAUGGAUUCUUCAACGUUGUGACCGAUACGUACACCAGCCCAGACGGACGCUGGGUGCGCAAGGACUAUCAGCAGGACUGUGAGGUGUUCAAAAUGGAUGAGUUCACUUUGGCCUUCAAGCGUAAAUUCGACACUUGUGAUCCGCUGGACUUGCGUCUGCAUGAGGGCACCAUGUAUGUGGUAUGGGCACGUGGAGAAUCGGAGCUCGCACUCGAGGAUCAUCAGUUCGCUUUGCCCAAUGUGACGGCGCCACAUGAGGCGGGACUCAAAAUGUUGCAGCUGCUGCGUGCCGAUAAAAUUCUCAUACCCGAAACUAAAUUGGAGCACAUGGAAAUUACUUUGGAGCAGGCGCCAGUGCCCGCUAAGGAGACCACCUACUGGUGCCAUGUGCAGCGCUUGGGCGAUCUUGUCAAGCAACGUCUGCAUAUUGUGCAAUUCGAGCCGAUUAUUAAAAAUCCCGGGAUAGUGCAUCACAUGGAGAUCUUUCAUUGCGAGACUGGCGCACAUAUCGAAAUGCCACUGUACAAUGGCGAUUGCGAGCAGCUGCCGCUGGCGGCCAAGGUCUGCUCCAAGGUGAUGGCCCUGUGGGCCAUGGGCGCCAGCACCUUUACGUAUCCACCCGAAGCCGGCUUGCCCAUUGGUGGACCAGCCUACAAUCCGUACGUGCGUCUUGAGGUGCAUUUCAAUAAUCCAGAGUUGCAAGCAGGUCUCGUGGAUAGCUCCGGUUUUCGCAUUAAGCUAUCGAAGACACUGCGACAAUACGAUGCGGGCGUCAUGGAGCUGGGCCUGGAGUAUACCGACAAAAUGGCCAUACCGCCCGGCCAGCUGGCGUUCCCAUUGAGCGGCUACUGCGUCGCGGACUGUACACGCGCCGCUCUGCCACACAGCGGCAUCAUCAUCUUUGGCUCACAGCUGCAUACGCAUUUGCGUGGCGUGCGCGUGCUCACGCGUCACUUUCGCGGCGAGCAGGAGCUGCGCGAAGUGAAUCGCGAUGAUUACUACUCGAAUCAUUUCCAAGAGAUGCGCACGCUGCACUACAAGCCGCGCGUGCUGCCGGGCGACGCUUUGGUCACCACUUGCUACUACAAUACGCUGGCGGAUAGCAAUGCAACACUUGGUGGCUUCUCCAUUAGCGACGAAAUGUGCGUCAACUAUAUUCACUACUAUCCGGCGACGAAGCUUGAGGUGUGCAAGAGCUCAGUUGCCGAAGAGACGCUCGAGAAUUACUUUAUCUACAUGAAGCGCAAGGAGCAUCAGCAUGGCAUACACUUGAAUGGGGCACGCUCAUUGAAUUAUCGCAGCAUCGAGUGGACACAGCCGCGCAUUGACCAACUUUACACGAUGUAUAUACAGGAGCCGAUUAGCAUGCAAUGCAACAGAUCGGACGGGCAGCGUUUUCCCGGCCACAGCUGGGAGGGUGUGGCCACAACGCCCGUGCAAAUCCGUGUUCCCAUACAUCGGAAGCUCUGCCCCAACUACAAUCCGCUGUGGCUGAAGCCGUUGGAGAAGGGCGAUUGCGAUUUGCUGGGUGAAUGCAUCUACUAAGCGUAACAAUUGAGUUUUGCCACAGCACAAGGACAUGGCACACACACACACACACACACACACACACAGACAUAGACACACGCACACUCAAACAACAAUGCACAGUUAAAGUGAG